CAUCUCAGCCUCCUGAGUAGUCUUCUGGAACCAGCAGGAGGAAACAUGGGGGAUACUGGCCUGAGAAAGCGGAGAGAGGAUGAGAAGUCGGUCCAGAGCCAAGAGCCCAAGACCACCACUCUCCAAAAGGAGCUGGGCCUCAUCAGUGGCAUCUGCAUCAUCGUGGGCACCAUCAUUGGCUCUGGGAUCUUCAUUUCCCCCAAGUCUGUGCUCAGCAACACGGAAGCUGUGGGGCCCUGCCUCAUCAUAUGGGCGGUUUGCGGGGUCCUCGCGAUGCUGGGCGCCCUGUGCUUUGCGGAACUUGGCACGAUGAUCACCAAGUCAGGGGGCGAGUAUCCCUACCUGAUGGAGGCCUACGGGCCCAUCCCCGCCUACCUCUUCUCCUGGGUCAGCCUGAUGGUCAUGAAGCCCUCGUCCUUCGCCAUCAUCUCCCUCAGCUUCUCCGAGUAUGUGUGCACGCCCUUCUACGUGGGCUGCAGACCCCCUGUCAUUGUUGUGAAAUGCCUGGCCGCUGCCGCCAUCAUGUUCAUCACGAUGGUGAACUCACUGAGCGUGCGGCUGGGAAGCUACGUCCAGAACAUCUUCACCGCGGCCAAGCUGGUGAUCGUAGCCAUCAUCAUCAUCAGCGGGCUCGUGCUCCUGGCCCAAGGAAACACAAAGAAUUUUGAUAAUUCUUUCGAGGGCGCCCAGCUGUCUGUGGGAGCCAUCAGCCUGGCGUUUUACAAUGGACUCUGGGCCUACGAUGGAUGGAAUCAACUCAAUUAUAUCACAGAAGAACUUAGAAACCCUUACAGAAACCUGCCUUUGGCCAUUAUCAUCGGGAUCCCCCUGGUGACGGUGUGCUACAUCCUCAUAAAUGUGUCCUACUUCACCGUGAUGACUGCCACCGAACUCCUGCAGUCCCAGGCCGUGGCCGUGACAUUUGGUGACCGUGUUCUCUAUCCAGCGUCUUGGGUCGUUCCACUUUUUGUGGCAUUUUCAACCAUCGGUGCUGCUAACGGGAGCUGCUUCACAGCGGGCAGACUCAUUUAUGUGGCGGGCCGGGAGGGCCACAUGCUCAAAGUGCUUUCUUACAUCAGCGUCAAGCGCCUCACUCCAGCCCCCGCUAUCAUCUUCCACGGUAUCAUAGCAACGAUUUAUAUCAUCCCUGGUGACAUAAACUCGUUAGUUAAUUAUUUCAGCUUUGCCGCAUGGAUCUUUUAUGGCCUGACGAUUCUAGGACUCAUCGUGAUGAGAUUUACCAGGAAAGAGCUGGAAAGGCCUAUCAAGGUGCCCAUAGUCAUCCCUGUCUUGGUGACAUGCAUCUCUUUGUUUUUGAUUCUGGCUCCAAUCAUCAGCAAGCCCGCAUGGGAGUACCUCUACUGUGUGCUGUUUAUAUUAAGCGGCCUUAUAUUUUACUUCCUGUUUGUCCACUACAAGUUUGGAUGGGCUCAGAAAAUAUCAAAGCCGAUUACCAUGUACCUUCAGAUGCUAAUGGAAGUGGUCCCACCGGAGGAAGACCCUGAGUAACAAGCUCCAUCUCUUGUAGCCAAGUCAAAGCUGAAUUUAUUUUCUUAAGCAGUAUUUGUGGUUAUUUCUUCCUGAUUUUUUUCUUAUGAAUAAAAUAUACUCAGAUGUUUAAAA